CACACCUCACUGCGCUCUCACUCACCCAAACGAUAUAGGGAGAUUUCUUCGUUCAUAGUUCAGUUGUUUAGUGCAUCUGUGUGUUGGAUAGGAGCAUGGGGUGAGACAGCAAUUCUGGAUAUUUCCUGAUGAAUUACAUGAACUUCAGUAACAGAAAUAUCUGCUCAUCUGCCUUGAACAGAGUAAGAUAUAAUCAGAGGAGGCAACAUAAAGAGAAGAAAAUCCAAAGGCUGAUGCCAGCUGCACUCUGAGAUUUGCUGACAAUGGGGGCUUUGGUCCCAGCACCUAUGUGUAAUGGAUGGCAGCUCUUGCUGUGGUCAUGCCAGACGUAGACCCUUUGCCAUGUGAGUAUUCCCCAGCAGUUUCCCCUGCUGGCUGCAGCAUGGACCUGGAGCCUUGCUUCAGUGAGUUGCCAGAACCGCUCUCUGUCCUUGGCCCCCCUAUAUCUGGUUUCCCUCAACACAGAAACUCCUCAUGCAUCAACUUAGAUGCACCAGUGAACCACUAUCCAGCAGGACCCAACAACAACCUCCUUAGCAACAUGGGUCUUAGGUACUGUUCCACCAGCAAUGUGCAUCCAAUUAAACAGCCAGAGUCUCAGUCCAGCUGCAGGGCAGGGCAACUCUCACAGAGUUGUGUCAACUCGGGCAAUAAUCGACUCUACCGUAGCCUGGAAAAUCUGCACUGGAAUGCAGACCCUGGACUAUACACUUACAGAAGUAUGGAGAGUGAGUUUGUUCUUCACUGCACCCCCAGCAGUCAAUGGUAUGAUGGAACUUCUCAGAGAUCACAGCUCUACACAAUGAUGCACUCCGCUGAGAACAUGGCUUUCUAUCCUCGGCCAGGGCUAAUGAAAAAGGACUUGCCUCUUUUUCCUCAGUGGCUUUUUCCUGCUGUGGAGGACUGGGCCAUGAAUGGCAAUGCACGGAAAGGCCUGAGAGACAAACUUCGCCUUCAAAGCACUCGUGUGGCUGAGCCUAACAAGCCCCUUCGACCUCAACCUCUGAAUUAUUUUAGCGAUCAUGAGAUGGCAUCACAUUUUGGACAUCUGUCAUCUCCAGGACAGGUGAAUGGCAAAAAAGAAAUGCAUUCUUGUCGUAUUACCAGUCCAGAGGAAAUCAAGCAGGAGGUGCUGCGUCGGCUACAGCUUCACAGGCAGAGGAGUACUCCUAACCUAGCACUCAUUUCCAGCCAGGAAGCCAACUUUAGCAAGUCACACACCUCAGAGCAUGUUGGCAGUAUUGCCCAGUCUGCACCUGAGAGGAAAAGACCUCCUAUGAGUCGCCUGCACAUUCCAACAUUUGAAGAGUUCAAGAGGAUGAGGCAAAAGGAUAGUGGUGAAGGCCUGGGUUCUUCAACUGCAUCAACCAGUGGAGUAGCCAGACAGGAAGGCCAAUGCAGAGAGGGAAAUUGUGAAGUGAAAGUUAAAGACAGAUUACAUAUUGGGGCCAAAACUGACACAGAAAUCUGGAAAAACUGCAACUGUACUGAUGUAGCUCAUCCAUGUGGUUCUAGUGGGAAAGAGUCAAGUAACAGCAGGUUUACUGAAGAAGCUUUAAAUGCCCCAAUCUGCACAGGACCUGCACCACGCUCUCUUUUGCAACCCACGAGUACCACUGCAGGUGAAGAGCAGACUAACAAAGCAGGAGGCUCUGAAAGUAUAGAUCCUGCACUGGUCCCUUUCCCUCCCAACAGGGAGAAUGCAGAGGGGACAUCAGCCUGUUGUCCUACCAUACUCCUGGAUGGGAAAGAUUUGUCUAGUUAUGGAGCCAAGAUCUACAAGAUAAAGACGGACCUCCUUGGAUCAGCUCUGGACCUUAUAAAGAAGAGCUGCAGUGCAGAGAUCAGCGCCAAAGCCCCCGUCAGACUGUCACAUGACCAGCACAACGGUACUGACAUCACCAGUCCCCAGCCUGGGUGUCAGUCUGCCUGCGUUGCCAUGACAACGUCGGCCUGCAGACAGGAGGCUUGCAGUGAAGCUACUGGACGAGAAGAGCCAAGAGAAUGCAAGCUCUUUGGGUCAGGAUGCAGGCGAUCCAGCUCGGAUGCAACCUAUGAGUCGCCUGGAACGGUGAGGACGCAGCGUGGGUGUCGCCUGCGCCCUCACUACAGUGACCCCAUGCCCACCGAUGCUGCCAAACGCAAGCAGCUGGAGAUGAAGAUCGCUGCUGCUGCACGUCUCCACAGUCAACGCAGAGACAGAGAUAGUGGUAUGCGCACAGUUAGGGGCCACUCUGAACCUAGAGGAGAAGGUCGGAAUGGACGCCUUGGUGUGAGCCGUGCAUGUCAGCACCGUUGGAGCACAGUAAGCAGUGUGAGUGCCGACAGUGGUGUAGUGGGGCUGAGUGAUGAGCGUGAGGAUGAGGAGGAACCACGGCGGUCUCGCCGCAGUGCUGGGGCUGAAGUAGAGCGAGUGGACAGUGGAAUUGGGUCAGGACUGGCACCAAACUGGAAGAGGCCCUCCGAAUUGUUUAAAACAUGGGAGACCCAGCGGCCAUGCCCAGACUGUGGCCACCGAGACACCACUCGAGAGGAAGGUAUGUGUGAGCGAUGCUCAAAGUUACGAACCGAGCGCAAGGAGGCCAUUCUAGAGUUCCUCAACACCGAGACGAGUUAUGGUGAGGAUCUGCGCAUCAUCAAGGAAGAGUUUUACUUUCCCAUGCAGAGUGCAGGACUGCUCACAGCUGAACAGUUGACUGUGGUCUUCAGCAAUGUGCAGGAGCUAAUUGAUGUGAAUGACAGGUUCACAGAGCAUCUGCAAGACAACAUUGACCAAGCACUUGAUCAGGGAGAUGAAGAUCUGCUCACUGUAUGCAUUGGAGAAAUCUUUUUGGAGUUUGUCAACAUGCUACCAGCCUUUCAGACCUACUGCUUGCAGCAAUCAACAUCUGUCAACAUGCUUAACACACUAGAGAAAGAAAAAGAGCUGCUUAGGAUAUUCCUUGAUGUAUCCCAGAACGACAAUUCGGCUCUGCGGCGUAUGAAUCUGCGAUCCUUUCUCAUGGCUCCACUGCAACGUGUGACCAAGUAUCCUUUGUUGCUGAGCCGCAUCAUCAAAGCUACUAAUGAAUAUCACCCUGAUUAUGAGCGCCUGAAGGAGGCUAAAAGUCGGGUGGAGUCUCAUUUGGAGCACAUCAACAUGAAGAGCAAGCAAGAGGGCACAGCCACAUGGUCCCUGCGCUCCUUUCGGCGUGAAAGUCGCAAGAACCGUGAAGUAAUCAACAUUGAGAUGAGAGAGACAUCCAUGAAACUUGUAGGCUGGGCUCGUGAGAGCACGCGCUUUAUUAUGGAGGGUCCGCUGCAGAUCUCACAGCCUGCUGAUGGCCAGUGGGUGAAAAAAGGUAGCAAGUCCCUCAAAUUUCAGAAUGUGCAAAGCCUGUUGAUGGUGCACAUGUCAGACGGAGGGGUACGGGGAGACCAAAUGGAGGCCUUCGAGACUGUGCAGGAUGGUGUGCUGGUACUGAUAAAAGAUAAAAGUAGUGGCAAGUUUGCUGUACUGCGUGAACCCAUACGUCUAGCUAACUGUGUGGUUUCGACCGACCCGGACUGUGACGACACGUUCGAGGUGCUGGACAUCCGACGCGAAGCUUUUGUUUUACGUGCCUCAGACAAAUCACGUACACAGCAGUGGCUUCGUCUCAUUAAGAGGUACACAUGUGAUCUGGGGCUCUGGAGAAAAAGACGCAAUGCACUUCCUAAUAUAAUGAUCAACACAUCCCAGAUCCGCUCUUGAGACUUUUAACACAACUGCAAUCUGGUGGAAAUAAUAAAAUAAAAAAAUAUUGACAGUAUUACAUUAUGAAAAACAAAUGUUUGAUGAUUUGGCCUAAAAAGACAAAAGCACUUUCUAAAGGUAAACACUGACAUUUACAAAAAGGGGGAAAUCAGGUGGACCAAAAUGAGAAUGUGGUUGGGAACAUCACUGGCUACAGACUACUGUGCAAUUUGCAAUUGACAUAAAUGUUUUCAGUAAUUAUUUGUUACAGCAUGAGCGAAGGUAUUUGUUUUAAAAUAUUAUGUUGAGAAAGAUCAUCAUUAUAAAUCCUUUUUAACAAAGACGCACAAAACUGAAAACGAGUGUCAGACCAUUCCAUGUGUUUUUUUGUUGUUUUUUUUUCUAUUAAGAUGUCACAGCCCUUUCAUCUCUUUUCAGUAGUGUGAAAAAUGACAGAAUGUUCCAUUCCUACUACCUGUGAAGUGUCCAUGGCAAUUUGCAUAUGUGUCACUGUAGUUACAAUUUACGCUAAAAUGAACUUCUCACAACAUCUGAAUCCUAAAAUACCCACACACCUGCAUUAUCAUCACUGUGCUGGGGGAACAAAGCAGCAAUAAUUAACAAGCAUAUUGUAGCUCCAGUAAAGCUAGUUUUAUAUCCUUACUGACACACUGCAGUAAGAUAAACUUUAUAACAUUUUUUUUCUUUGCAUAUACAGUAGCAGGUCCAUUAUGCUGUUUUCACUAAUUGCUGUUGCCACAAACUGCAUCUGGUCAUUAUAUUGUAGCAGUAAAUAUCGAUGUGUCAGAAAAAGAUCUUCCAAAACCAAGUAGUGAUUUGAUAAUCAAUAAGAAAGAAAACCGCGUGCCUUUCUUUUGAUUGCCUGCUGACACAUCAGAGCCAGUCUCCCCUCUUUCGAUGAAGUCCACUCAUGAUAAAUACUUAUUGUUCUCAAAAAUUCUCCCAUCAACUUUUUCAAAAUACUAAAAAGUCAUCUCGUUUAAUGCACUUUAGUUUAUGAUGUGGUAAUAUUUGUUUUUUUUAUUAAAAAAACUCCUUACUCCUUACUUUCAAAGAUUUACAAGAAUGUUGCCGGUUGCCUUGAGCAAUAUCUUUCAACCAUUGUAGUAUGGGUUUUAUAUUUUACACAUGCAUUUGCAGCUGCCUUUCCCUUAUGAGUUAAAAAAAUAUAUAUAUGGUAAAACGUUUUUACAGCAGUGCAAUUUAAAUUUCAGUGACUAAAAACUAGUCAGAUUUCACUAUAUUUAUAUAUAAAAAAAAAAAAAAAGAUAACAGCAAUUUUUAUAUUUGCGAUAACCCUUUCUCAUCCCCAAAGUAAAAACAGGAUUUUGAAAUGGAAGAAGCGUUUCAGAAAAAGUGUACACUUGUAGAGGUGGUCGCAGGUUGUCUUGCAAUAGUAAAAUGUAUGCUAUACAAUUUCCAAGGGCAUAUUAAUGCAGGCCAAAAAAAGACAUUCUGAAACUAUUUCUCCUUGUUUCAGUCUAAAUGGAAAUUGAUGAUUUUUUUUUUUAGCUUUCCAAAAACCCAUUUUAUGCAACUUACAUCAAGUAUUCACAAACUUUAUGCAGGUGAACUAGGUUUGUCAUAUGUGCAAAGCAAAUUCAGCUAUAUGUAGAUAUAUGCAGACUACAUGAACAAAAGUAUUGGGACACCUGACUUAUCCAGCUCUACGUGGCUCUAUCCCAAACUGUUGUCUCUAAGAUGCAGUUGUACAGUAUAAGAUGUCUGUUUGCAGAAGCAUUCAUUUUUCCCUUCACUUGGACAUAGGAGAACCAAACCUGCUUAAGCAUGACUGUUCACCAUGUUCACAAAGUGAGCUCCAUGAGUACUUGCUUUAGAUGGGUUGGAGUGGAAUACUUGAGUGGCCAGCCAAAGCGCUCCAACCUUAACCCUGCUGUACACCUUUGGGAUGAAUUGGCUGACUUUACUAACACCCUUGUGGCUGAAUGAGCACAAAUCUCCACAAGCACCUGUAUUUCCUGCUAUUACAUUUUUAAUAUAGCAUGGCCAUAGCAGUUAAGAUAUUAAACAUGAAAUGUCUUGUGGACUUUGCUGUUUAACUUUGGAAGCAAAUGCACAAACGUGAAUAUUUUUGGCAAUUGAAUUAGCAUUGUGUCUCUAAUUAUGCACGCUCACCAGGGAAUGGCAAUUGCAAACAUUGUUUGCAUUAUUCCUUUAUAAUUAGGAUUUUUAAAUAAAGUCCAAAAAAUUCUGCCAUAAUUUAGGCUAUAGGAGUUAGCAUUGACACAGUUAAUAUAUGCCUUUGGAGGGUUUUUUGUAUAAAAAUUCAUCAACGAGGGCACAGCAAACUCUGCAGCUGCUACAGUACAUUACUUAAGAAAAGAGGGUUUUGAACUCACCACAAACAUUGUUUUAAAGGAGACCAGACAUGCUGUUAUUUUCUUUAUUUACAAAACCUAAUUUAAACUUUUUUUCCAUGUGUACAAACUGGUGAAGUAAAUUAAAUAUAAAUGAACAAGA